AUUAAUUGAUUCUCUAAAUAUACCACAAGAUUACAUCUUUCUGGUAUCUCAUAUUCUGACGUGUGUCACUUUUUGAUAUAAUCUUCUGUAUAUAGCUCUUAAUUAUUCUUGAAAUCUUGACUAUUGAAUUUAAAAAAUAUCUGUGGGAAUUAAUAUAAGGAUGGGAGUGUCAGAAUGUGAUUUUAUAUUUUUAGUAUUUAUCUAUAUUCAAAGUCAAUAUCUAUACUAUUAAAAGGGAAACAUUCUUAAAACAUCUACUUAUACAAGAUUGUUGGACCAUUUCAUUAGACUAACUUUUUUUGGUCUUCCUUUAUAUAUAUUUAAUGUAUCUAUACUAUUAAAAGGGAAGGAGUUUUAAAAAAUCUACCUAUAAAAAGUUGUUGGACACUUUCAUUAGAUUUAACUAUUUUUUUGGUCUCACCUUAUUUUUCUCUAACUAUACAAUAUUUUUAAUGAAAUCAUUUAUUACUUCUCAUUGUUUAAGAAACUGAAUAUAAAAUGAUAUUUUAUGAAUAUAAAAAUAGACUCUAUGAAUUCGGUAAUAUUUUAUCAAAUUAACUUUCCAUAAAAUUUUUUUAUCGUAUUCUUUGAAUAUGAAAAUUUCACAAACCAAUAUUGCAUUCUAAUAUAGUACUACAUAAUAAUAGAAAUGUUAUUAUUGAAUUCUAUGUUGUUGUAUAAAACAUAGGUUUCUAAGACAACAUUUAUCAUAACAUAUAUAUUUGUAUAAGUUUGUAGACAAGUGUUUGAGCACGAUUUAUAACAUCUGAAAUAUUCUUUUUAUACAAACUUACAUGAAUAUAUAGUCAUUCUUUUUUACAUAUAGAUUCAGUAAUAUUCUGAAAGAAUGCAUUAUUGAUAAGUGCUAACCUAUUUUACCAGCUACAAAUCCAUAUCAUGUAAACCCAAUUAUUAUUAAUGAAAACUGUUGAUGAAAUUUAAAUAAUGUAUAUACAAUGUAUAUAUAAUAUUAACUGACUUUUAUACAAUUUAUAUAUAAUCUUACUAGAAUUGCAAAAUAUUCUAUAUUUAUAUCAAACCAAAUAUUUCAUAUAAAACAACUAAUUAAAUAUAAAUUUUAAACACUUCAGUAAAUAAAAAAUCAUAAAUUUAAAAAUAUAUUAGAAGUUUCAUUCAUCUCUUAAAAUAUUAUUGAAGAUUAUUUAUUUUUCUAUCAGGUCAACGAAAUGUCGGGUCACACUUGAUUGCGGAUUUUUUGAAGUUUACAUGCUUUAAAUUAACGAGUUUUCAUUAAUCUAAACCAGUUUAUGUACAAAUUAUCAUGUUUAUUGGUUCGACCAUAGAUCCAAACUUGAUAAAAAAGUAUUGUUCUCAUCUAAUUUAAAAUAAUUUAUUUUAAAAUAAUAGACAUUGAGUCUGAUCAAACCAUAUAAUGUUUAAAAAAAAUCAAACGAUUAAAAAUAUAAUUACAUUAACUAACUAAAUAAAAAUAAUAAUUUUAUUUUUUGAUAUAAUACAAUUUUGUCACAUAAUAAUGAAUAACAAGACUAAAAUACAAAUUCAUAUCAUAUAUUUUUAUCAGAAAAAUAAUCCGCGCUUUUAAGCGUGGGUCAAAAUCUAGUACUUACUAUUAAAAUAAAAUCAUUCUAAAAAUUUCUUUUUGUAAUACCUACUCAUUAAUAUUUUUUAAUCCUACCUUUAUUUUCUCUAACCAUCUAACAUUUUUAUUAAUAGCCAUAUUAAUACAUGACACAAUAACGGCAAUUAAAGCAAUAUUAUCCUCCACAUAAUCAUAUUAAUAUAUCUUACUAAAUUUAAUACCUUGAUAAAUUCAUUUUAAAAAAGAUUGCGAACCAUAUAUUAAUUUCGAUAUAAACAUUUUAAUCCAUGAUAUAACUUAUCUUUCAAUAUUCACGAUGACCUUUAACUUGACUAUUAAUAUACGGCAAGUACUUAUCAACAAAAUCUAAACUUUUGAACACUGAAAAAAUUAACAUUUUUAAUGUAAUUCAAAAUUGUCAAACAUAUAUCCAACUAUUUACAAAAUCAAAUUUGAUAAAAAAAAUAAGCAAAUCAUCUGUUAAAAAAUUAUAUCUAUUACAAAAAAACUUAAUUUUAUGAAAAUAUUUAUAAUAAAAAUUUAUUAUUUAAGAUAAAUUUUUAAAAAAUAUUAAAACCCUAAAAAUUUAUACUAUUUAGUUAGCUAAAAAUAUGCCAAACAAAUCUUAAAUCUUAUCAAGUGAACAAAUGCAACUCUUAUAAAAUAUACACACAAAUAUAUUGAAAGAGAGUAGCCUUGAGUAUUUGGGUCAUUGGGUUAGGUACGGGCGGUUCUUUUUGAUUUUGGGUCCUUUGAGUCUUAAAGAUUUGGAGCCAACUAUAUAUUUGAUUUUUUUUGGCUUGGGUUUGGGUUAGUUUUCUCGGAUCCAGGUUGGUUCGAACCCAUAAUUUAAAUAUCUCUAAAAUACCUAUAAUUUUCAGGAAUGUAUCGGGUCCGGAUCGGUCCGAAAAAACCGAAGUACCCAAAAACCCAAAAACCCAAAAACACCCAAACCCGAACAAACACCCAAAAAUCCAAACAAAUACCCGAAAAUAUUCAUAUAGUCGAAAACCUAAUUUUACCUAAAUUCAGAUCCGAUGAAACCAAAAAGUUAUCCAAAUACCUGAAAUAUAUAUUUAAACUUUUUUAAAAUUUAUCCAAAACUAUAACCGAAAACUCAAACUUGAAGGUUAAAAGAAUAGCUGUAACAUAAGCAAUAUAUCUGAAAUACCCAAAAAUACCUAAUCUAAACAAAAUAUUUCGCAAACUUUGGGUACCCGAUCGGGUCUCCGGUAAGAUCUAGACCCAAACCGAGAUCGCAUGUCUAAUAACAUACCUAAUAGGCAAUUUGCCCUGUACCCGGAACCGAACCAGACCUAUAUCUUUUACUCGGUUUCAGUUGAGUUUUUUUGGAUCCGGAUAAAAUUUUCAGACCUAAGAGAGAGUUACAAAAGAAUAUAUACAUACAAAAUCUCAAAUAAAGUAAUAACGUAUAAUCACAAAAUACUAAUUCAUAUCAAAUUUUUUUUAUAAUUAAAAAAACCCGCGCUUUCGAAGCGCGGGUCAAAAUCUAGUAUUACAUUAAUGAAUUCUCUAAAAAUACCACAAUAUUUUGUGGCCAAUGAAUUCUGUAUAUGACAUAAAAAAUUAGAAAGCAACUAUAUUAAUGGCCACAAAAGAUUUAUUUUUAAUUCAAAAGUCAAAAAGAAUAAUUAAGAGUUAUUAUAUACAGAGGAUUACAAAAGUAAAAAGCGUCAAAAAUAUGAGAUACCAAAAGAUACAAACAAUAAUCAAAUACUAUAGAAAAUGUGUAUUUAAAAAAAAAUCUUAGUAAUAAAGUAUACUCGCUGAAAAGAUCUCCCAUCAACAAGAAUAGGAGUCAGCUUGGAGAUCGCAGAUGCGGAAAGCCAAGGUGUGUUCCAUGCUUGUUCAGUUCAUCGAAAACAGAACAAAUGUCUGGCCAGUUGAUCGACAAAAGAACAAAUGUCUGGUUGAUAAGAUAAGCCACUGAGCUGAGGGUUGCGAGUAAGUAGUAAGUUGUAAAAGAGAACAAGAAACUUCGAAAGGAAAACUCCAAGACGAGAAAGAUUAUUGGUGAUAUUUGGGCUUAUAAAUAGUUAUUUUUUUUCUAAUGCAGAGAGGCAGGGCCGGCCUGAGAUUUAGCGGACCAUAGCGAUUUAUUAAAGAUAGCAACUAAAAUAUUUUUUUCUACAAAUUUCAGGACUUAAAAGAUUUUUUUUUAGCUUAUAUCUACGUAUUUUUUCAAAAAUUUUGAGAACCUAAAAUCAAUGUUUCAUUCGGAAUUGCCCAAGAUCGGCCCUAUAGAAGGAUUAUCCUGCAACUCGUAAACUUCUUCUUAAGGUCUGUUUUUUAAGACCAGCAUAUACAAUAUUUAACCGAACCUACGAAAUAAUCAAAUAUAUGUUACCAAUAAUAUAUUUAUUGGAUUCUAAAUAAAGUGACGAAUCAAUAGGUCCAUACACGUUGUUAUUUAUAGAUAUAUAAUAAUAAAGGUUGUGAAGAAUUCACUAAAAACGUAUGAAGAAUUAUGUUCUGAAAAAAAUUGUGAACUUUUGGAUAGGUUCUGCUUUUAACCUUUGUUAUGUAUUUCUAUGAACUUAAAUUUUAUUUUGAAUGUUUAUAACUUGAACAACUCCUUAAAGUGUUGGAGUUGUUUUGGAUGUUUGUAACUUGAAACUCUUGUCUUUUUUUUAUGAUUUCCUAAUCGUUUUAGUUGUUUAAUUUAUAUAUCCAAUAUAAUUUAGAUCAGAUUCAAAUUGAAAACCAAAUUGUGAAAUCGAUAUACAUAACCGACGCUAUAAAAUCGCAAAACAGUCGUUAAUUCGUCACUAAGCUGUCAUUCAUCAGUCAUAAAAUAUGUCGUAUAUCAGUUGAAAAAACGAAUUAUUUAUGUCCACACUACGAAAGCGGAGAAAAUACACACCCAAAAUAUAUUAACGUGCCAAAACAUUCCUAAACUAAAUAAGAAUUUAAAUUAUAUACCUAAACUCAUAAUAAAUAGAUAAAGCAUGCCUAUAGCCGGUUAUAUGAUGAUUUAAACUACUUUUUUAUUUAAUUUUUUUUGUAGUUUAGUCCAUAUUAUUCUGUUUUUUGUUAAUAUGCUUUAAAUACUUAAAUAAUCAAAUUUAUUGUAUUUAUAUUUUUAAUUUCAAAAGUACAAUUUUAUUUUCUUGACAAGAUUUUAAUUAAAUUUAAAUACUUAGUUUAAUUAUUUAGCAGAAAUUUAGAUAGUUAUCAUAAACAAAAUAUUAAUUAAUCUAGUUAUUUAAGUAUAUUAUCUACCUUAUUAAAAUAUGAGCAUUAAUUAUAAAUAAUCUUACUCAUAUGUAAUAUUUACUAGAAAUACCACUCAAUUUAUAUUUAUAUAAGAUUUUCUUUAAAAAUAUAGUCAUUCAAAUUUUAAUCAACAUAACUAAAACAGUCAUUAGAAAUUUUACUUUACAGUAGAGAUCUUUAAUAAUAUUACCCUUACUUAAUAAAAAAAGAAAUGGAUACUUAACCAAAUAAUUGAUUCGGCGCUAGGUUAGGGUCAAGCGCACGUCUUACGGCUGUCAUAAUUAACAUUGGUUUUGAUAACUACAAACAAAAAUUAAAAAAUAAUAAUUUUAUUUGUAUUAUAUAUAUUACGCAAUCACAUAAUAACAUUUACAAUUAAAAUAACCUAAGAAAAUAUAGAAAAUUAUUUUAUAAACGUUAAGAACUUUACUGAGAUUAAAUUAGCCUUUAAAUUAUGAUAUUGGUUUAUGUUGUUUUGACUAAAAAAAUUUUGUAUCAAAUAUUUUAAUAUGAAAUAAUAAUAAUAUAUUUAUAUUAUCAAAUAUAUUUUAUUUGAUAAGAAAAAUAUUUUUAUUUCAUAUUUCACCAUAUAUUAAAAUUAAUUUCCAAUGUCAAAAAUCUAAAAAGAAGACCAACUUGAUGAUUUUAAUUAUUUGAUGCACUUUACCAACAAAUAAAACGAUAAGAACUAAAAUAUAAUAACUUAAAAAAUAAAUCAAUGCAUUUUAGAAUGGACUGACACAUGUCAGUUACGAAACAUGUUUUACCUAUUUUUUAUGAGUUUAGGUAUGCAAUUCAAAUUUUUAUUUAGUUUAUAAAUGUUUUGGAAUGUUAAUAUAGUUUGGGCAUGUAUUUUUCCCGCAUAGCAAAAAAAUUAGUAGCAAAAAAAUUGCGACUGAAUAACUACUACCUGAGUCAGUCGAUCACCUGCUAUUGUAGUAGAAUCUCAAAUCAGUUGUUAAAUUUGCGACUGAUUACCUGCUAUUGUAGUAGAAUUUGUAGAAGCAUCAUGAACUCUUUUUUUGUUCUAAACUUACUUUUUGAUGUUAAACUAGUGUUGUUUACUAUUUUCUAUAUUAUAAAACACUCAUUACAUUUAAUCCAAUGUAAUGGAAAAGAUAGCUUAGCUCAUUCGACCACAACUAUCGCAAUUAAACUUACUAUCUUUCUCGAUUAGUAUUAUAAAACAUUCAUUAAAUUAAUCAAUUAUAAUGGAAAAGAUAGCUUAGCUCAUUCGAUCACAACUAUCACAAUUAUGCACCACGAAUUAAAGUUGUAAAUCUCUCAUUGUUAGUGCAAAGAUGACACAACAAUAGGUAAUGCAGAAGGUAAAUCAAAUAGACAAAUCACACAAGCACACCAAAGCUUUUAUUAGAAUCUCCUUUAAACAAUCUUUACAAGACUUACUUAUUCAACUUUUACACGUCUUAACACCCUAACACACGCUACUGAAAGAUCCUAAUCUACCCGCUUAUGUCUCUUCUCCGUCAAGUACUUCAGCCACUGCUUCAGCACGACCCAAAAACACCUCCAAGAGCUUCUCUCUCUCUAUAAGAUCAGCCUCCGUGUCUCUGUCUCUAUACAGACGACCCCAUAGCUAUCUUAUAGUUAUUCUCCAUGUUCCCGAAACCCUAGUCUCCAAGGCAACAUGUAUGGACAUCUUCCAUAACAAUAAGUGCAACUUUCUUUUUUUUGGAAUGCACUUAUUCAUCUUUUUUUAAGUCAUAAACUUGCUCCUCAAGUUUAUUUCUCUUUCCAUAUCUCCAAGAUACUCCCUUGCUCUCCAAGUCUACACGACUCCAGCUCAGCAUCUUGACUCCACAUGGUCUUCACCACUCACUACGACGUCUGUUUCAGCAACUACGUCAGCGACUACUUCAGAACAGACAUCUUACAUCUUCACUCAUUUGUCAACUAUUAAACACUAAAAAGUCUGGAAGAAAGUCACUUUAUGCCACAUUAUUACCCACAAAUUUCAGUAACCAUUGGGUGCGUCUACGAGUUGCUGCCUCUUACGUUUCUUUCUUAGAGUAAUGCUAAUUAACAAUGUUUUUACUUGUCAUGGGUAAUGGUCCCCUUCAUUCAUCCUCUUUAGUGCUUAAUGACUCAUCAAGCUCACGGCUAAUACUUAGUUUGUUUUCUUCGUAUUAUGUUUUCCUUCUCAUUUGAAAGCAAGAUCGAUGCACAUCGGUACUAUUUUCUGGUGACUUACUUGGCUGAUAUUUUAAAUUUAUAGCAAAAUUGGAAAAAUGUGAUAAAUAUAAAUGAUCCAUUUCUUCGCUGUGAUAUGAAAAGAUAGUGUUCUAUCAGGUAAAAUCAUAUGGUUUUUUUUUUACAAAGUUUAUGUUAUUUAAAACAAACAGCACACAAUAUGUGAUUCUAUUUAUUUAUAAAUUUUUCCAUCCGUAGAUUUUGCAAAUAAGAAGGUAUGAUUUAUUUAUAUAGUUUAUAUGUUCUUAAAUCUAUUCAGAUUACAACAGUCAAGUUUAUUUUUAAAUUUCGACCUAUAUAUAAAAUGGCUAGGAAUACAAUUUGAUUUGACUUGAUCGCGUGGUUGAUGAGGCUUUAUCACAAGUUCAUAACAAAUGAGAAGGAUUAUAUUAAGAUUUACGGUGUACACCAGUUAAGCCUCGUGAAUUAGCUGUUACCCUCAUUUCAUUCAUCUAUGAAUUAGAAUGCAUCUCGUCAAUACCAAGCCACAAAGAACAAAUAAUAAAUUUUAUCCUUAUAGUUGGUUUUAUCUAUAACUUUCCGUGUGCAAACCCAAAUUCAUUUACCUUCGGAACCUUGGAUAAUCGAGUUACACUUGCAAACUUGCCUGCCCUGUCAGAUGAGCGGAAGCAGAGCAGGAUGGUAUUGAACCGCGAGUCGUCUGGGACAACCGGCAACACCUAAGCAAGUUGUGUUGUUGUGAUGGUCUUUGUCAAGAUAAUUAAAAGAAGUGACAUAACUAUGUAUAUCAUCUAAGUGAAUUAAAUCUUUUUUUUUUUUUUGCCAUCUGAUAUUUUAUUAACAACCAAAAACAAUUACAACAAAGUCCAAAGGAAAAAAGAGAAAAUACAAGGAGAGGCCCAACAAAGCCCAAUGUUCCAAAAAACCCAAAGGAAAGAGGUCGGCCAUUGAAACCACGCGUUAGACGGAAAGCGUGAGAGAGACACGUGCGGAACACUCAGCUAACGAGUUACACGCGUCGAAAGGAGCGGCCACCUGCUUCACGGAAAGAAAGUCGUCGCCGGAACGACCAUUCGAGGACCACCGGAACACACCGGAACAGGACAACAAGAAGGAAGAAACCGUCGAGACGACUUUAGUCAAUAAACGUACCAAACCACUGACCAUGCUAAUACCACGCUAAAAGCUCUCUGCUUAGAUUAAGGUUUCAAUUGAAAGCCACAACAUCUUAAUCCGAUAACCAAUCGAAUUUCAUAUUGAGGCUCAAUUAAAUAAAGAGGCACAUAAGCCGAGAGAGAAGACCACCGGAGAGACUCCGGAGGAGAAGCCGCCAUCAACAUCAACGGACGAUGCGAAGCGGAGCCAAGAGCCGGCAGACCAACACCGAAGAAGAUGGCAUGGUCUCCGGAGCCAAAAACCGACGACUGUAUCAAGGAGAUAACGCGCCGCCAUAACCGAGUGCCGGCCGACCACCAAGAGAAAAGGUGCGACGCCGGAAGGAGGGCCUAACCUUAGGCAUAGUGUUGCCGGAAAAUCUCUGGCCUGAAGUUUCAUCUCAUCAUCUUUCCUCUGUAAAAGAUACUAGAGAGAGAACAAAGGAAAAGAGAGAGAAAACUUUUUUUCGUUUUUCUAAGUGAAUUAAAUCUUUUUUUGUCAUACAUCUAAAAAUAUUUUAAAAUUUACUUUGCUUGAGUUUAGAAAAAUCUAGAAUCAGUGAUAUCAAAAGUUUUCGGUAUUCUGUGUGAGUAAGGACAAAGCAGAAGGUAGUGAUUACAGAAUCAAUAACAAGUUUUUCAAAUCUCCCAAAUAAUACACUAGCCAUCUGACAAAGGUGGAACCCACAAACCGAAAAACUGGCGUAAUGAUCUAUUGACCAUAGGCGGUUGGAAUGUUACACUGUGGUCCAUGGUUGCUCAUCGAUGAUAAUAAAUAUAUUGUAAAAUCUCUCGUCUACGAAGGUGUGAUUGGUAAACAAAUAGCAUAACUAGGUGGAAAAAAAAAAGAAAAAAAAUGGAGAAAACAUGUUACUCUUGUUUUCAGUUCAUUUUAAGUAGAGAAAUUUAUAACUAAGCUUCAAGUCUUUACUUGGAUGAUAAAAGUGACACAGAAAAUAUAUCAUCUUAUAUGACAAUUGAUAACAGGUCAUGUGGCAGUAACGAGAAAUUUGAUACAGUGUAAUAUGAAAUGUGAUAAGUAUUCCUGCGAUGUGGAGAACCAGAAGAAUCGGUUACUCGUACUAUCUUUGAAUGUCUGCCAGCUCUACAAGCUUGAUCUCUAUCAGCAACACCAACAAGUCCAUAUAUCUUUCUUAUGCCAAGUGUUUAUGCUAAUAUAGACUAUCUAUUCUGGAGAAAGAACAUCAUUGUCGAGUCAUAAUUAAACAGAGAUCCUUAUCUCAUGAUAAUCUAAUAUAGGGGGUAAACAGGGAUCCACUAGAGCUAGUUCGUUAUGCAGAGAGUGAGUGUCAAGCCUAGUUCAACGCAAACAAGAUGGUGCCACCUAUUCCACAAGAUCACAUUAUUGAGGAACCUCAAGUUUUAAGCUUGGGUAAUAUAUGCAUGAUAGACGGGUCUUGGACAUCUACAUCACAAUUCAGUGAAUGUGGAUGGGUUUGGAUGGAUAGUUUGAGGAAUGUUCAACUUAUGGGGACACAAAAUUACCCACAAAGAGAAUCUGCUUUGCAUUCAGAAGUGGAAGCACUACGAUAGACGAUGGAAAGAUACUCCAGCAUUCAAUAUGUCAGAGCUUUGGGACGAAUUGCAAGGAUUUGAUUGCCAUGAUUAAGGAGCUUCAUGCUUGGCCAAGCUUUGCAACAGAAUUGGAGAGGAUAGAGACUCUGUAAAUAUGCUUUUCAGACUUCAAGAUCAUUCAUAUUUCACGAGCACAAAAUCAUAUUUUAUACUCUUUAGCUAAGACUAUGAAAUCUUUCUAUAGAGAUCUAUGUUUUAUUAGUUGUUUUAUUCCGGUUUGGUUACUCAAACCAUCUCAAGUUUGGGUAAUAGAAUAGCGUUUCGUUGUAAAAAAGAAAAGAGAUGGUUCGUCAAAACCAAGACAUUUUUCUCUUAGUUUGCAUUUUCACGUAAUUGCGAAGAAGUUGGAAUUAGAGUAAAAGUCAAACCUAGAGUAAGUUUUACUGCAUACAGUCACACCUUUGGUUGUCAACUAUCUAACACUAGAAAUGGUAUAGAGAAUAAAGUCACUUUAUACUACAUUAUUAGUUUUUUUUUUCCGUCAAAAUUUUUAUUUAGAUUAAUGAUAAUACCGGGCCAAGCCCAAAUUACAAAAUCGGAAGCCCAAACACAUAAACAAAAGGCACGAAGCCCAUAAGCCAAACCGGCUACAGUCUAACCGCUAUAAACGGCCCGCGGCCCAAACCAAUCAAGCCCAACCGACGUCGGCUGGAUCAAACGCGUCGAGGAGACUGGCUGCUGAAAACGUGGAAGCAUCUGCGCCAUCGAAUCGACACGCGUCGCACACCGUCUCAACCUGACCGUCUCCGCCUCGAGACGCCGUCGGAGCCAUCUAACCGUGCUUCGUUUCGCCGGAUCUCAUACCCCGCAACAAAACACCUUCCUUCCCGGUGGUCCUCCACCGAAAGCGUCAUCGGACAAACCGCGCUCUCAUCCGGACCACCCACUCUUCUCACACCACAAUCUCAGCUAACUUCUCGUGUCGGCGGUCUCAUAGACGGAGAGCUUCAUCUUCUUCUAAGAUCUCAUCCGCACUAUCUCGUUUCCACCCGAGCCGACAAGAACAAAACCCUAACCGAACUUUCACCGCUAACACCCAAAUUUCCAACGGGUUCCAAACCGGCAGCGUGGAGCUACUGUAACCUCCACCCUCCGGAGACAAGACGGCGACGACGGAGCUAGGUAAGCCUCCCCCUCCUGAAGACAGAACCGACGGCGGCGGAGUAAAAAGAGCCUCCACCUCCCGGAAUCGAACCUUGAUCUAAACGAACCGCCUCUCCUCCAUCGAAAACCUUCCCACUACCGCGUCCUCACUCCACACAAACGACCACCAUACACCAUGGAUUAGGCCGGAGCCAGAGGUCGGACAAGGCGAAGAUGGGGGGAUACGAAAGAGAGGCCUUAAGAAAGCUUUUAUACGACAGAACCGCGGUUCCGGCGACGGCACGCGCGCAGACGCGCCGGCCGCUCACCGGAACCACAAGGAGAUCUACUUUACUUCUCUCUCUUUUCUCUCUUCUACUUACGGUGAUUUGAUUAUUACUACAUUAUUAGUUUAUUGCCCACAAAUUUCAAAAAAACCAUUGGAUUUUUAAUUAAAACAUGCUCUUAAAAAGUAGAUAUGGUAGGAAGGUUCCUCGAUAAGAAACAUGGUGCGUUUACGAGUUGCUGCCUCUCACACUUUCUUCCUUAUAAUAAUUAAUAAAAUUGAACUUUGAUUGUCCCGUAAUAGUUCCUUUUAUUACCCUCUACCUUCAGUGCUUUGUUACUCAUCAAGCUCAUGAUUAGAACUUGUCUAAAACUUCGUUCUAUCCUUUACUAUUCAAGUGCUAUUCUCUUUAAACUAUUCAAAUGGCAACAAUCAAAUCAGUUUCUAAACUCAGUAGACAUAUAAAUGACUAAGAUCUACAAUUGGAUGUACAAUAACAUUAUUGCGUGAGUGAUGAAACUUUAUCACCACCAAUGAGAUAUAUAUUAUAUACAAAAAUAGGCUUUGUGGAUUAGUAGUUAUCAAUGUGAGGUCACUAACCACAAUUUAUUCAUCUAUAAGAGCCCAACUAGAGUCUAGAGUACAUCACAUUAGCACCAUCAUACUUAAGUCACGAGCGAACACAAAAUACUUUUCUCUAAUAUGGAUGGUUUUGUCUAUAACCUUCCGGGCGCAAACCCUAAUCAACAUUUCUUUAAUAACCAAGUUCCACUUGUAAACUUGUCUGCCACGUCAGAUGAGUCUAACCGGAGUGCAGAGGAUGAUGAGAAGAAACGGAGGAGGAAGGUUUCGAACCGGGAAUCAGCUCGGAGAUCGCGUAUGCGGAAAAGGCGACACCUGAACGAGUUGUGGUCCAUGCUUGUUCAUCUCAUCAACGAGAACAAAUGCCUGGUCGAUGAGCUAAGCCGAGCCAAUGAGGGCUACGAGGAUGUUGUUGAAGAGAACAAGAAACUUCGGGAAGAAAAUUCCAAGUUGAGAAAGAUGAUUGGUGAGAUAGGUUUCUAAUGUAGAGAGCGAUCAGAUUCUGGACCAUUUGAUCGACUCGCAGUCGUGUUGUUUUCAUCUUUUUAAUGAAGAUCAGCGAAUGCAAAAUAUUUGGUAUUCAAAUGUUUUUCUUUAAUAAAGGGCGAAUAACAAAUAUACGGGCAUAUCUCCUAAAACAUCCUAAAACAAGUUUUUAUGAUUAAAAUAAAUGAUCAAAAUAAAUUUCAUUAAAAGCCAAAAACUAAUAUACAUUUAAUGAAGAUAAAUUCCUUAAUAUAGUUUUUUUCACAAAAAUAGACCUCAAGAAAAAAAUAACCAAAAUAAGUUUUAUUAAAAGGUAAAUAUGCAUUUAUACCCAAUGUUGACUAAUCUAGACUUAGAGUUUAGAGCUAAGAGUGUGGUUUUAGAAAUACGUUUCAAAUUUUAAAAAAUAAAAAAUAAAUAUUAAAAUGUUCAAAAUAAAAAGUGCUAUUUUGGUCAUUUUAUUUUUUGAGUGCUAUUUUUGUGAUAAAAACUUAAAAAUAACUAUUAAAGAGAAUUACUCUUUAAUGAAUAAUACAUUUAAUUCAAUAAAUAUUUUUAAAAUAUUUAUUAUUUAAAAAAAAUUACCCUAAGCCUUAAAAUUAGACACUAAAGUCUAAUCCCGAGAAUCCCAAUCUCCAAAACUAAACUAUAAUUUUAGACAAAAUAACCUAAUAGAUAUAUGUGUCUUUAAACCAUAUAUUGAAUGCUAUUUGUCUUCUUGGAAGAAGGUGAGCACGGCUCUGUUUACACAUGCUAUUCGUGCAUGUGUUAAUUGUUUUGAUGUUUGACUAUUUUUUUUGUCGGCUAUGUGUGAAUCUGUUAAAGUGGGUGUUAUUUUCACGAAUCAAAGAUAAAAUCAUCAGUGUUAUAGUUUCCUUUUCUAAUCCUAAAAUUUGGAUCUUAAUAUAUGUUUGAUUGGAGUAUUUCCAAUUUAUUAUUGGGCGAAUCUCCCAAAAGAUUAUAAAAAAGUUUUUUUGACUAAAAAAACACACAA